GUGUCCAAACCAGAUCACUUCCACAUAUAUUUAAAAAUAUGAUUUCUUAUAGAGGAAUAGCAAUCAAAUUUCUUCUUUUGGUUCUGAUCAUUGAGUUUGUUGCAGGAGAUGAUGCAAAAUUUCUUCUCGUCAUGGCGAAGUGACGAAUGCUGCAUAUAAUUAACGUGCUUCACGUUCUUUUGUCAAUUUUAUUGGCUUACAUUACAUGCUUCACGUUUGAAUCGAAUAUCAUUUCAUACAAAUAGUGUGAAAGAGAGAAUUUGCAAUGUGAUGCAACAGACAUGUCUUGGGCUAUUUAAACCCAUCAAAUUGAGAUUUUUGAGUGUCCAAACCAUAUCACUUCCAUAUACAUUAAAAAAAAAAUGAUUUCUAAUAGAGGAAUAGCAAUCAAAUUUAUUCUUUUUGUUCUAGUUUGUGUCUUUGUUUCAGGAGAUGAUGCAGAAGUGAGAUGCAUAGCGAGGGAUAGAGAAGCACUUCUGAGCUUUAAGAACAGCCUCAUCAGUGAUGCUAGUUUUCUCUCGUCAUGGCGAAGUGACGAAUGCUGCGAAUGGUACGGUGUUGAGUGCAGCAACACCACUCGCCAUGUCAUCGCCCUCCAACUUAAUACUUGUGAUUUGGAAGGUGUAUUGAGAGGUAAGGUUGGUUCUUCCUUGCUUGAGUUGCAUCAUUUAAGCUAUCUUGAUCUCAGUUGCAAUGAUUUUGAAGGCAAUUCUAUCCCAGAAUUCAUUGGUUCCAUGAAACAAUUACAACACUUGUUUCUCAAGGAUUCUCACUUUUCUGGGAUCAUUCCUCCUCAGAUAGGUAACCUUACCAACCUACGCUCACUUGAUCUCUCAUAUAACUCUUUGACGACUGAGAAUCUCGAUUGGCUUUCAAGUUUCUCUUUGUUGUCUUUUCUUGGUUUGAGUCAAAUCGACUUAAGUCACACCAAUUGGCUGCAGCAUAUCCUAAGGCUUCAUUCCCUAAAUGAAUUGCACUUGAAUUCCUGUAACUUGAAGGAUAGUAAACCUUUUCUUAAUUCUUCUUCCAAAUCUCAUCUUUCUAUCCUUGGUGUGUCUGAUAAUAACCUCACUUCUUCCUCACUCGAUUGGUUAUCUAACUUAAACACAAGUCUAGUGGAAAUAGACCUAUCACACAAUGCUUUUGGUGGCCCAAUUCCUAAUGCAUUAAUAGAGAGUUUGGUUCUUAUUGAGCAUCUUGAUCUUUCUAGUAACAUGCUUCAAGGUCAAAUCCCAAAAUCUUUAUCCAAUCUCAGUCGCCUGCGCGUCUUAGUCCUUUAUAAAAAUGACAUUAGAGGAGAGUUUGAUGAGUUGUUUGGAAAUAUAUCCGCCAAAGGAAUAUUGGAAUCACUCCAAAUUCUAGAUUUGGCUGAUAAUAAACUCAAUGGUUCAGUGCCCGACCUGAGAGCAUUUUCUGCAUUGACAGAAGUGUACCUCGGGGGGAACAACUUCACUGGCUCCAUGCCUCUAAGUAUUGGCCAACUCUCCGAGCUUCAGGUUCUAGAUCUUUCUAGUAAUUCUUUGGAAGGUUCAAUCUCUGAAUCCCACUUCAUCAAUCUUGAUAAGUUGAAGACACUAGAUUUAUCCUUCAAUUCAUUGAUCUUGCAUGUUGCCCCCGAUUGGAGUCCUCCUUUUCAAUUGGAGCGUAUAGUUUUAGCCGGAUGCAAUGUGGGCCCAUCUUUCCCAAAAUGGAUCCAAACUCAGGAGAAUUUGUUAGGCCUUGAUCUCUCUAGAGGUGGCAUAAGAGAUGAAGCCCCAACAUGGCUGUGGACUAUAUCUCCUUCAUUACACUCCUUAUUUCUUUCUGACAAUCAAAUUACUGGAUCUGUUCCUAAUCUUUCAUCCACUUCCAUAAGAAACUUAGAACUUAGUAACAAUAGUUUCUCAGGUCCUAUUCCAUUAUUUGAUGCCAAUGCCAGGAAUAUUCAGUUGAGUGGAAAUAUGUUCUCUGGUUCAAUUUCAUCUAUUUGCAAAACUCCCCACAAUGGCGUUCGUGUCCUUGACCUAUCCAAUAAUAAGUUGGCAGGACAGGUUCCCGACUGCUGGGAUAAAAUACGAAACUUGUACUCUUUGAAUUUGGCCGACAACAGUUUUUCCGGUGAAAUUCCUCGCUUUUUGGGCUCUAAUUUGCAUGGGCUCAAUGCACUGCAGUUGCGUGGUAAUAGUUUAUCUGGAGAGUUGCCUUCCACUUUGAGACUUUGCCAGUAUUUGAGGUUAGUUGAUGUUGGAGGGAAUGAGUUAACAGGAGAGAUCCCUACUUGGAUUGGCGAAUUGAGUUACAUGCAAUUUCUAAACCUUCGCGGGAAUAAAUUGCAUGGCAGUAUUCCUCCUCAGAUUUGCAAUCUCACUGAUAUUCGAAUUCUGGACUUGUCGAUAAACAUUUUGUCUGGGAAAAUACAUGAUUGCUUCAAUAAUUUUAAUGCAUUGGCUCGAAAAAAUACCAUACAAGGUGAUCCAAAUUCUCGUUUUGGUUAUUACUACAGGUUCCAAUACAAUGGUAAUCUUCCAAAUAAGAAUUUUCGAAGUGUCUAUGAAUAUUCGUCAGUUCAAUGGAAAGGUCGAGAAUCGGAAUAUAGGAAGAAUCUCGAACUUCUCAAACUCAUUGAUUUUUCAAGCAAUGGAUUGACAGGAAACAUUCCCAAAUCAUUCUCCAGUAUGCUUGGAUUAAUUUCCUUGAACCUAUCAAAUAAUAGUUUGACAGGAAAUAUAAUUCGAGAUAUUGGUGAGAUGGAGAUGUUAGAAUGUCUUGAUCUAUCACACAACCAAUUCUCCGGUGAAUUGCCCACAAGCCUGGCACAAUUACAGGGUUUGGCCGUUCUCGACUUGUCCAACAACAACUUAUUUGGUAAAAUUCCAUCGAGUACUCAACUUCAGAGCUUCAACGCAUCUACUUAUGCCGAGAAUGAUGGACUCUGUGGGCCCCCUCUGUCGGCAUUGUGCCCCGAAGAUAGCUUCAGGCCAUCCACCCCUAAUCCGGGCGAAAGCAUGAACGAGAAAGACGACAACAGCCUUUCUUUUAUGCAAGAAGUCUGCAUAUCAUUGGGCUUUGGUUUUAUAUUUGGAUUUUGGGGAGUUGUUGGUACUUUCAUACUGAAGAAAUCAUGGAGAAUUGCAUACUUCAACUUGUUGGAUGCUGUUGGAGAUUGGUUGUACGUGAGGAUUGUUGUGUUUGUGUCCAAAUGGAAACGAAGCUGAAAUACUGAGGCGGACAAGCUCAUGCAUACAAGAAGAAAUCAAGGAGGAAGAUGUAUUGCUAGUAAUUAUAGUCCUAUUAUGUGUUUUUUAAUACUUCAAUUAUGUCAUUGUUCAUCAUGUUUAGUGAUUAUGUAAUAUUGUAUGUACUUAUUAUUGUCAAAUUAAGUGUUUUUCCUACUUUUUAAUUUA